AUGUCAGCAGUGAUCCGACUGAGAGAGUUGGAAUCGCUGAUUUUAACAGGAAGGCUGAUUGGUGUCGAGGGGCUGCUGGAUGUUUUAGUCUGUGUGUUCGAGGAGCUGAGGAGGCCACUAUUGGCGGGCGAGAAACACGUCCGGGAUUUCCUCCUCUGGGCCGAUCCAAUCGUAAGGGAGGCGAGGCCCCUGCAGCUGCACAGCAACGACUUUGAGGUCCUGAAAGUUAUCGGCCGCGGAGCCUUCAGUGAGAUUGCGGUGGUGAGGCUAAAGCACACAGACCGAGUGUAUGCGAUGAAGAGGAUGAACAAGUGGGACAUAUUAAGCCGAGAGGAGGCAGCUCGUUUCCGUGAGGAACGUGAUAUCCUUGUCAACAGCAACAGUCAAUGGAUCACAAAGCUUCACUUUGCCUUUCAUGAUGAGGACCAUCUGUAUCUCAUCAUGGACUACUAUGCAGGGGGAGACUUCCUGACCUUAAUGAGCAGGUUUGGUGAUCGCUUUCCUGAAGAUAUUGCCCAGUUCUAUCUCGCAGAACUGGCUUUGGCUAUUAGCUCUGUACAUGAGCUCGGCUACAUUCACAGGGAUGUGAAGCCAGAUAACGUUCUCCUGGACGCGAGUGGCCACAUCAAGCUGGCUGACUUUGGUUCCUGUCUCCGGUUGAGCCUUGAGGGCCACGUCCAGUGCGCAGUGGCCGUCGGAACUCCCGACUACAUCUCCCCAGAGAUCCUGCGAGCGGUGGAAGACCCCUCAGUGACAUACGGUCCAGAGUGCGACUGGUGGUCAUUCGGGAUCUGCUCUUACGAGAUGCUUUUCGGCCAGACCCCCUUCUACGCCGACACCCUGGCAGAAACAUACAGGAAAAUUAUCAACUACAGGGAGACUUUUCGGUUCCCGGACUCAGGUCCUGAUGUGACAGGCGAGGCGAGGGCUUUCAUCCAGAGCCUGGUGUGUGGCAGGGAGGAGAGGCUGGGACGGAGCGGAGUGGAGGACUUUAAGAUGCACCCGUUCUUCACCGGCAUUGAGUGGGACUUCCUCGAUCGGUGUGAACCUCCCUUCCUCCCAGUCGUCACCAGUCGUGCCGACACCUCAAACUUUGACGUGGAGGAUGAAAACUUCAGCUGCCUGGGUGAAAUGAAAACUCUCCCGAGCUGAUUGCAGCCAACUCCUCUGGGCAACCACCUUCCGUUUGCAGGAUUUACAUUCUCCUCGGUCAGGUAA